GCCGGGCUGGGACGGCGGGGAAGAUGAGCUCGGCGGCGGUGGAGAUCCUGGGGCUGGGGCUGGGCAUCCUGGGCUGGGUGGGGGUGAUCCUGGCCUGCGGGCUGCCCAUGUGGCAGGUGUCAGCCUUCAUCGACGUGAACAUCGUGGUGGCGCAGACCAUCUGGGAAGGGCUGUGGAUGAACUGCGUGGUGCAGAGCACGGGGCAGAUGCAGUGCAAGGUGUACGACUCCAUCCUGGCGCUGCCGGCCGAGGUGCAGGCGGGACGGGCGCUCACCGUCAUCGUGGCGCUGCUGGGGCUGGUGGCGUUGAUGGUGACCGUGGUGGGCGCACAGUGCACCAACUGCAUCCGCCCCAGCAAGAUGAAGUCCCGCAUCGUCAUCGCCGGAGGGGCCAUCUACAUCCUCUGCGGAGUCCUGGUCCUCAUCCCACUCUGUUGGUUUGCCAACAUCGUCAUCAGUGACUUCUACAACCCAACGGUGCCGUCGUCCAAGAAGCGGGAGAUGGGGGCCGCGCUCUACAUCGGCUGGGCAGCCACGGCCCUGCUGCUCUUUGGGGGCUGCCUCAUCUGCUGCUGCUCCUGCUCCCAGCACGACGAGACCUCCUUCCCUGUCAAGUACUCAGCGCCACGGCGGCCCGCGUCCAACAGCGAGUAUGACAAGAAGAACUAUGUCUGAGUGGGCAGGCUGGCUCCCUGGCGGCACAGACGGGCAGCUGCCAGCUUCACCAGGAGCCUCCCUGUGAGCACCAGUGCUCUUCUGUCUAGAGACCCUUCUGAACAGCCUGGGAAGAAGUGGCCCCAGUUACUGAACGCUCUUCCGGGCCCGGGGUGGUGGGGGACUCUGAGCGGCCUGGGCGAGCUGCAGCUGCUGGGAUGCCCUGUCUGGUCUCCACCACUGCCACCUGCCUGGCCCCUGCCGCAGCACCGUUACCAUGAGAGCUGUGAGUACUCUGCCCCGGCUCCUGCUGACGGUGCCUCCCAGGGCACCGCCAGGCUGCUGGGACCAGGCAGCCGGUGUGUGCUGUCACUGAGGAGCAGCGUCCCUUCUCCAUUGUCUCUCCCGAGGUCCUGCAUCUUAGCUGAGCCUGCUGGACUUCCACUGGUCAGGGGGCUUGUUCUUCUCUUUGGGCAAACUAAAGUAGAGCUUCUUGUCUAAACCCUGACACUAACUUGAUCCUUAAUCCUGCAGGCAAAUUUCUGUUUGGGGAAGGUUAUUUGAUUUUCUCCAGUUGUUUCAGUUCCUCUAAGGAGUGUGUGGGUUGAAGUGUUUUGAAAGAGGUUUUGGAUAGUUGUUGUCCUUUAGUGGAAUACAAAGCAUAUUACGUUAGGCUGCCCCCUUAAGAUUUCUCAUCCCUUCUUCAUCAGCUUCUGUUCUCUUUUUACUUGAAUAUGAACUCGGUGCCAGCACUAUUGGAGAACUGGAUUCAGAGACCUGGAAGAUCUCUGUUGUGUCCUGGCUCCAGCAGGGCAUCCCUCUGCAUCCUCUCAUCUGCACUACAGUAGACUGGGAACAUAAAAAUUGCCCUGGAUUCUGGUGGUUGGGAUAUGGAUGGCUUUCAUGGCCUUCUUGCUGGGCCUCGCUUGCUGCCAGGUGUGAAUUGUAUGUUCUGUCGGACAUGCACUUGAUUGGCUCCCACCAUAACUUAUGUUAAUGCGUGCUUUCCUUCAUUUAACAAAUCAGACAAAGUAAUUGCUGGAAGAAUUUUCCCAAAUAUCUUGACUGAGACUUUGCACAGGCAAGUCAGGAGUUGUGAAGUUGUGGCGCUCACAGUUCUUGUCUCCUUCAUAGUGCCCUGGUCACAUUGUGCAGACUGGAAGGAAGAUGCCCUGGGCAACCUAACUCAUUUUCUGCCCUCAACACCUGCUGAACUUCCUCACAGCCUGCAAUGCUAGCAUACACCUUUCCCUUUUAUACUGCAGGGACAAACAUCUUUAAAGGAGGGGCUAUGGGUUGUGUGAUACUCUUCAAUACGGAUUACUUGUACUUCUAAAUCAGCGCAGAAUUCUGCUACACACUAUGGCAGCACCUGUAAGGAGAUUUCGGCCAAGAGUUAGUGAAGAAGCAUGGUGUUUGUAUCCCUCAGAGCCCAAUGCUGCAAUCUCUUGGGUCCCUCACAACACCCAGCAAUACGGUGCACACCCAGCCUGAGCAUUUAACUCCUAACAGUUUCUGAUUACACUGAGACUUAUGAACUAACAAUAGCUGUGGGUUUGUGACAGCUCGACAUCGACUGUGUUCAUGCUUUGCUUAGCAAAUGUAAAACCCCAGUGGUAUCAGUGCAUUUGCAGACUUCAAUGAGAGACUAAAGCCUUGCCCCUGCAAAUAUUGAUGCUGAAUAUUGAGCACACGAUUUACCCUUUUGAAGAUAACUACUUUCAUUUUUUUAAACACAUACGUUGCAGGGUCUGAGCCCGUCAAACAAUACAAAAGCAGAGCAAUAUGUCUAAAAUCAGUUUGUUCUAUCAAGAGGUGCAGAUCUUAUACAUUUAAAUAAAAGUUAUAAUAUUGUUGUUAAGAUGUGAUAUGUAGUUUUUGGUACAAGAAUGACAAUAUUUUGUAUUUCAUCAUUGCAACUUUUUUUUUAACAGUGUAACCUUGUAAACUGUAAAUGUAUUUAAAUGCAUAUAUUUUGCAAGAAAUCUACCAAAGUUGGCUUGUUACCUGGUUUGGUGCUUUUCUUUGUUUCAUGGUUACUUUAUUUUUAUUUUUAAUUUUAACGUCCAACUGUAUUUGUCACCCAGCCCAUGGACACACUGCAUCCACACUCAGCCCUCUUGUUCUAGCAAACAAGUCAAUAGAUAUUAGCCUAAAUCUCCUUUUCUCUCAAAUUAAAGAGUGACAAAACACAAAACAAUCCUAUGGACAGGCACACCUGUGGAUGUCCUUACUGUAGAGACUUCAGCAGUGGUGCAGGAUCUGGGCUCUGACCAGGAGGCUGAAUCUUUCUGGGCAGUAGUUGAUAGCAUUUAAAAGCAAACUGAAACGCGUGCCUUGGUGAGAAGGAGGGAAACCCACACCUUAGAAGGGAAAUUUGUUUAACAAGCCAAACUUCUUGAUAUGUAGCUUUGUGUCACAGCAGGGCUGGAUCCACUUAAAAUGAAAAUCUGAAACACUGACGCAACCAGACCUCUUGGAAGAAGCCAGCACUAUGCGUGUGCUGGUAGAUAUGGUCUUGUCCUGCCAGAACCAGAACUCCCUGCUCAUCUAAGGUUUCACCCAGGUCAGUGCCCAACAACGCUGGCAGGAAGCGGGGCUUGUUGUUAAAAAUGGUCUUAUAUUUAGUCUCAUCCUUCAGUAUUACUUGUUGCUGCGCUUUGAAAAAUAACCCAUGGGAACGCUGUUACUGAUUUCACUGACUUCAGGGUAAAAGUCUAGGUUGUUUUUCGCAAGGGUUUGUUUUCCAAGAGCAAAGACCUAAUCCUGAACUCCAGGACUCGAAAGCGCUCAGGAUCAGGCCUGAACCUCAUCCCAAUGAAAAGAGGAACUUACAGCAUUUGUUUACUAUUUUUGUUUUGUAUUUAUGGUUUCAUAUAAAAAUAAAACCAUCUAAAUGAAU